AUGAGUGGAUUGCCCUUCACCAGUAUUGAUCUGUUGGAACCAUAUCAAAUCAUAGAUGCAUUUACAGUUUGCUUCAAGCACAUUCUAGAAUCAGAUGACCUACAAUGUUUCAUUCAAAAAGUCAAAGGUGAUUUAUAUAACAGAGAUUAUUUAGCUGCAUUUGAUGAUGAGAAUAAAAGAUUUGCAUACGCAUCAAGAUGGACACCUGCAAGAGCUUUGGCGUAUGCUUCAUUAUUUUCAAGUUUAAAGGAUAUUGUGUCAUUAUUGAAAGAACCAGAACAAUCAAAAAAUGUCUUAUUAGUUGGUGGGGGAGCAGGAGCUGAGCUUUGUGGUUUAGGUGCUGUUUUUUCAAGACUCAAAGAAUAUAAUCCAUCGUCCAAUUCAAAUUUGAAUAUAAAUAUAGUUGAUAUUGCAGAUUGGGGCACUGUGGUGAAUAAAUUGACUACAUAUAUGAAAAAUACUUGGGUAUACAAUCAAUCCAGUUUAAAUGCUGAAUUUCUAAAAGACGAUAUACUAUCAUGUAAUACUGAUGUUUCAAAAUUUGAUUUAAUAACUUUGUUAUUCACCACUAGCGAGCUAUUUGCAGAAAAAAGAAAAGAAACCGUCAGAUUUUUACAAUCGUUAUGUCAAAAUUGUAAAAAACAUUCAUUGUUGUUAAUUGCUGAAAGUGCUGGUUCAUUUUCACAUAUAACAAUUGGAGAAAGAAAGUUUCCUGUACAGUUCCUUAUAGAUACGAUUUUAAUUGGUAAACCAGGUGAAGAUAACGGUGCAUGGGAAAUAAAAAUAUGA